CGCUAAGGGACCCAUUUAACACCUAGACCACACACUCUGAGCUUUGAAAUCACUAUAUAUACCUUUCUUCUUUGAACCUGAAGAUUUCACAGCACCCAACUUAAAAGAAAAGAGAAAGCCCGUUAUACAAAAAAAAAUAUUCAAAGUAAAGGGAUCAACGGUUACGAUUUGUUGAUCGAAAAUGUCGUGGCAAACGUACGUUGAUGAUCACCUUAUGUGUGAUAUCGACGGCCACCGUCUCACGGCGGCCGCUAUCAUCGGCCACGAUGGCAGCGUGUGGGCCCAGAGCUCCAGCUUCCCUCAGUUUAAGUCAGAUGAGGUUGCUGCCGUCAUGAAAGAUUUUGAUGAGCCUGGAUCCCUUGCCCCAACUGGUUUGCAUCUUGGUGGCACAAAGUACAUGGUGAUCCAGGGAGAGCCCGGAGCUGUGAUUCGUGGAAAGAAGGGUUCUGGUGGCAUCACUGUGAAGAAAACCGGCCAAGCUCUCAUUAUUGGUAUUUACGAUGAACCAUUGACUCCAGGACAGUGCAACAUGAUCGUAGAGAGGCUGGGUGAUUACCUCCUUGAUCAAGGCCUGUAGGCUUUCAAUACCUCGUCUUAGCUUCAUGGUUGUCAAAUGCUGAUUUCAGGAUUGGGCUUGCAGCUGGCUAUGAACUGGCAUUAGUGAUUUUGCUGGGAAAUAACAUUGUGAGGACAGAAACAAUGAUAUUUUUUUUUUGUCACCUUUUGUUGUUGAUUGUAGGAUCAUUGCCUUUUUAUCUUUUCAACUCCCGCCAUGCUUUCUUAAUUUAUGUGUAUUCAUGCUGCCCUCUUUUAUGCUUGAAUUAAGUUUGGAUAUCUAAAGGUUGAAUAUUUUGGAUUUAUUUUAUACUACAUAAUAGUAUCUUUUUGAGUUUCUACGCUCGAUAUCUUUGAUACUCUUACAUUUCUGGUUUUAAUGGAAAGCAUUUUCA